UAUUUCUAGUUUCAAGGUUAUUUCAAAAUGGUUGACGAAUCUGCUAUAGAUAACGAAUUAUUAAUUAAUUUAGUGGAACAAAAGCCCGUUUUGUGGGAUAAAACUACCGAACUUUAUAAAAAUCGUUUCGCAACUCAAGAGGCUUGGAAGGAAAUAAUGAUAGCAUUGGAUCCAACUUUCGAGAGAAAGGGAGAAAAAACUAGACAAGCUUUCGCUAAACAAAUUAUUCAAAGGUGGACUUGCAUAAGAGAUAGUUAUAUUCGAUCAUAUAAAAAGAUACAAGAUCAGAAGAGGUCAGGAAUUGCCAAAACCACGAAGCCUUAUGUAUACAAUAAACAGUUAUCCUUCCUACAGAAAGUAAUACAGCCGAAUGAGACAAUAACCAGUGUUUUUAUCGAAAAUAAUAUAGAAUUAGAAAACCAGAAUAAUUCUGAUGAAAACGAAACAUCGGACACAAAUUCUAACGAGGAACAAGAUAUCAAGCCAACGUUUUCAUCCAACGCAAUACCUAAACGUAUAGCUAAAAGACAUGUGACUGAUGUCAAUCCUGUAGAUGCUAAGGUGAUGAAAAUGGAUUGUUAUUCAAAUAAUGAACCCAGAACAAUGAAUCGGCAUCUUUCAUUUUUUAAUGGGAUAUUACCAGCAUUAGAUAAGCUUGACGAAGACGAAGUUCUUGAAUUCCAAAUGGGUGUACUGCACUUGUUGAAAAAUAUUAAAAACUGUCGCCAAAAUCGAUACCAAGGAAUACAAAAAUAA